AUGUCUUGUAAUGGAUACCAAGAAAAUCUCAACGCAACAAUAGAUUUGCUUGACAAAAUUACAAGGGUUCUCGAAGAAGCUGGAGAGCAUAUUAUAGAGUUGUGUAAAGGAUACGAACUUUUCUAUGGAGAAAUAAUUGAUCAUCAAGAAGUAAGUGGCGAAGCUGCUCCUAGCGCUGCCUACGCUGCUUCUAAUGCUGGCCGUGUUCACGGGGAAGUAAGUGGCAACGCUGCCCUUGGUGCUGACCGUGUUCACGGGGAAGUUAGUGGCGAAGCUGCUCCUAGCGCUGCCUUAGCUGCUCCUAGUGCUGGUCGUGUUCACGAGGAAGUAAGUGGCGAAGCUGCUCCUAGCGCUGCUUUAGCUGCUCCUAGUGCUGGCCGUGUUCACGGGGAAGUAAGUGGCGAAGCUGUUCCUAGCGCCGCCUUAGCUGCUCCUAGUGCUGGCCGUGUUCACGGGGAAGUAAGUGGCGAAGCUACUUCUAGUGCUGCCUUAGCUGCUCCUAGUGCUGGCCGUGUUCACGGAGAAGUAAGUGGCAAAGCUGCUCCUAGUGCUGCCUUAGCUGCUCCUAGUGCUGGCCGUGUUCACGGAGAAGUAAUAAGUGGCGAAGCUGCUCCUAGCGCUGCCUACGCUGCUUCUAAUGCUGGCCGUGUUCACGGGGAAGUAAGUGGCAACGCUGCCCUUGGUGCUGGCCGUGUUCACGGGGAAGUUAGUGGCGAAGCUGCUCCUAGCGCUGCCUUAGCUGCUCCUAGUGCUGGUCGUGUUCACGAGGAAGUAAGUGGCGAAGCUGCUCCUAGCGCUGCUUUAGCUGCUCCUAGUGCUGGCCGUGUUCACGGGGAAGUAAGUGGCGAAGCUGUUCCUAGCGCCGCCUUAGCUGCUCCUAGUGCUGGCCGUGUUCACGGGGAAGUAAGUGGCGAAGCUACUUCUAGUGCUGCCUUAGCUGCUCCUAGUGCUGGCCGUGUUCACGGAGAAGUAAGUGGCAAAGCUGCUCCUAGUGCUGCCUUAGCUGCUCCUAGUGCUGGCCGUGUUCACGGAGAAGUAAGUGGCAAAGCUGCUCCUAGCGCUGCCAUAGCUGCUCCUAGUGCUGGCCGUGUUCACGGGGAAGUAAGUGGCGAAGCUGCUUCUAGUGCUGCCAUAGCUGCUCCUAUUGCUGGCCGUGUUCACGGGGAAGUUAGUGGCGAAGCUGCUCCUAGCGCUGCCUUAGCUGCUCCUAGUGCUGGCCGUGUUCACGGGGAAGUAAGUGCCGAAGCUGCUCCUAGUGCUGCCUAA